AUGGCAUCAGAUAGUAACUUUGUACAAGCAGCAAUUCCUCGCUUUGAUGGUCACUACGACCAUUGGAGCAUGCUGAUGGAGAAUUUCUUACGGUCAAAGGAGUAUUGGCCAAUUUUGGAGGACGGCGUUAACACUCCGGCGGAAGGCGAAAUUUUGACGAAUGCUCAAAAGGCAGAAUUGGAAGCGAAAAAACUUAGUGUGGCUAAACCAAUCAAUACUCAUAUUGGUAGUAGUACUAAAAGCUGUGAAGUAUAUAUAGAAGAGGUGUUCUGGGAAGCAGGAAUUAUUGAAGCUGAGGAAGACAUAAACUUACCUGGAGAGAAAGGAGUUAAAAGAGAUGAAUAUGUGGUGUUUGCCGCUGAUGUAUUAUCGGAUAAGGACUGCGAGUUUGAGUUGUCUACUAACUUGUCUGGAGAGGAAACAUAUGGUGAUGGAAAAUCUUUAAUUGUGCGUGCUUCUAUUUCUAAUGGAGUUGGCAGAUCUAAUCACUUGAAGAAGAACUGCUGCCACAUCCUUGGUGGGUUUAGCUAUGAUCUCUUGUUGGAGAAGAGGUUGUUUAUUGAUGAGUAUCACGACUUCUACUUGUUGGGGAAGAUCUGGAUGUGUUCCCUUGAACAGAAACUGCUACAGGUUCUUGCUGAAACUGCUUCAGAUUCGGGGGAAGAACCGGCUGGAGAAUCAUCAAAUUCGCAAAAAAGAUCGAAAAGGCAUGGACAAUACCACAAACAUUAUAUGGAACAAAUUCAAAGACUUGAUGCAUUCUUCAAGAAAUGCCCACAUCCAGAUGAGGAUCAACAAAAACAAUUGGCUAGUGAAGCAGGGCUUGACCAUAAACAGGUCAUGUUUUGGUUCCAAAACAGAAGGGAUCAAGCAAAGGCAAUGAAAGAGGCAAUGAAGAAUAUUAUGUGUCCAAAAUGUGACGGACUUCCUAUUGGAAAAGAAGAAAGAGAAUGUAAUUUAGAAAAUAUGAAAGCAAAAAAUCAAUGGUUGACAGAACAGAUGAAUGAUCCAUUUUGGGUAGAUUCAUCAAGUUAUAGGCGGUGUUUUAUUCAUCGUGAGAUUUAUGGAAGAAAAUUUUCAAAUCAAGUUCUACCUCCCCAAACAUCAACGGGUCGAAUUGAAUCAUCAAAGGAUUGUGGAAUUGUGUCAAUGACUGCAGUUGAGUUGAUCCAUAAUUUUCUUGAUCCAGUCAAAUGGAUGAACUUGUUUCCUACUAUAGUCACAAAAGCUAAGACUAUUGAAGUUCUUGAUUCUGGUACAUGGGGAGGCUCUAUGCAAUUGAGGUAUGAAAAGUUUCAUAUUUUAUCUCCUCUAGUUGAAGCUAGGGAAUUUUUCUUCAUACGUGGUUGUAAGCAACUUGAUUCAACAACAUGGAUCAUGGUGGAUAUUUCAUAUGAUAAUUUCAAUGACAUUCACAGUGGUGUACCUUCUUAUUCUUGGAAGUUUCCAUCUGGUUGUGCAAUUCAAGAUAUGGGCAAUGGCCAAAGUAAAUUAAGAAUCAUAUCCUCUCUCAAUAUCAAUAUUUAUAUAAUAGGAAAGUUAUGUGCAUUAAGCUCCCUCUAUACAUGUGGUCCAUGUUACUGGGGUCAAUUGUAUGUUACUUGGGUGGAACAUGUUCAAGUAUAUGAAAAAUAUCAGGUUAAUCAUAUCUUUAGAGAUUUGUUGUGUGAUUGUGAAGCAUACGGAGCUAAAAGAUGGAUUGUUACACUUCAAAGGAUGUGUGAGAGAUUUAAUUUUCAAAUGGGUUCAACAUACCCUAACAGGCAUGAUUCCAAAGGAGGUUUGAUUUUAUAUUCCCUUUAUUUGAUGGUUAAGAGUUUUUUUGAAAUUCUAUGCAUGACAGACAACCAUGGAGAUUUUUCAAUCUCACCACAGUUAAACCGUGGAGAUAGGAUUUCAAUAAGAAAAAAUGAAGAAACUAUCCAACCAAAAGGCUUUAUUGCCAUUGCAACUACUUCUGUAUGGCUUCCUCUUUCAUUCCAAGAUGUCUUCAGCUUCUUCAAUGAUGACAAGACAAGAAAUCAGUGGGAUAUUUUGACCGGUGGAAAUAAUGUGAUUGAGUUAGAUCGAGUACUAACAGGAACUUUUCCGGGAAACAACAUUACGAUUAUUCAGCCUUAUAAUAUGCAUAAGGAAAUGUUAGUGCUUGAAGAGACGAGUAUUGAUGAAAUGGGAGCAUUUUUAGUCUAUGCACCCAUAGAUUUACGAGCAAUCAAUUCAAUUGUCAAUGGAGGUGAUGCAAUGAAAGUUCCCAUUUUGCCCUCUGGUAUCAUCAUAAGUCCCGAUGGUCGUCUCUCCUCGAAUAGGGACAACACUGCAAGUGCACAAAAUGGUUCAAUUUUGACAGUGACAUUUCAAAUAAUGAUUUGUGGUAAUAAUAAUCCAACCUCCAGGCAGCAUAAAAUGGAGGUAGCGGGUUCUGUUCAUGGUGUUUUGAGCGCCACAAUUUUAAGAAUCAAAGAAGCAUUGGGUUGCUCUGAUUUGUGAUUGUUUAAUUUCAUUUUGUUUGUUUGUUUUGAAGAUUUCAAAACAAAGACAAAUGAUGGUUUUGAAGGAUGAUGUGUUUCCUUUUUUGUGACGUCUAAAAUGUCAAGGCUGUGUGAUAUGUGUUGCUGCAAUCAUAUUUCAUAUUAAUACACUUAUUUGAGACUUUUUAUUUGUUUGAUUUUCUUUAAUAAUUGUUUUUGUUCUUUUUAUUAUGUUACAAUGUCAUUCCUUCCUGAUUAUUAAAGUGUGGGAGUAGUAUAUAUAUGUUGUAUCCAUAUGUGGAUGGAAUUAUAUGUUGUGAACACGGAUAGCCCAGACGAGCCAAGUUGUUGGGCUUAGGGCUAAACCACGAAAAGGCUAAAAAAUUAAACAUCAAACAAUAUAUUUACUUGAGAUCUAGAUUGAGUUUUUGUCCUGAGUACCAAUGUGUACUUGUUUGCUUAAUUUCUUUCUUGGCUACACCUCAAAUGACAACCUCUAGUUAUAGGUGGUGAUGGAAAGAUCGGAUCGGAAGUAACACACUUGUAGCCGCAUUGACAUACUUCAGAUAAUCCUGUGU